AUGAAUAAGGAACAAGUGAAUCCCGAUGGUCCCACAGAGCUUGUCCUUGUUUCACAGUUCCAAGGUGCUCCCGUCUAUAGAGUAGUCGCAAAAACAAAUUCCACCCCAGAAUCUGCAGCCCCCAUCCAAAACAAUUCACAGAGACAUCCUCAACAAAGGGAGGUGAGGAUGCAAGACCCAAUUGACGACUCAAAUCGUGUCCCUUCCCCCCAACGCGAACCUGUUCCUGAAAGUCAAAUCAGAACAGAUGCGGACCGUGGUCCUGGAAUGAUUCCGGUUCCCAUUCCAUCUUUCCCGAAUAUCACACAAGGACAAGCUGUUCUUGGAUACACCAAUAGCCAAUGGUCUUAUCUAUAUAUUCGGGCCCAAGAGCUCGUGAGGCCGUUUGCCGACAAAUAUGCGCAAACAGCCAAUACACCAAUUCAUCUGCGUGCCGAGAACAAUGCAGAGGUUCUGGGGCCGCUCGUGGAGGAGUUUCCUGAUUUGCAGCGGUGUGAAAGCAACUGGGGUGCUAAGUGGGUUGUCAGAAAGGCAAGACACGCAGUCAGUGUCAAAGAUGCUUCUGAAAGACGAAAGUCUCUCAAGCCUCUCAAGCCUAGUCUCGGAACUAUGGCAUCACCGGCAAUCGUGGCUGAAGGCCAAAAAGCGGCGGAAAAAGAAGAAGAAGAAGAAGAAGAAGAAGAAGAAGGCGAUUCUGAGGACGACGUUGAAGCUGCCAAUGACAAGCGUCGCGAUAGGGGCAGCGUCAUCCACUCUCCAGUUGCCGAAGGAGCUCCGGUGCCAGAUUGGCACAAGUACAUGACGCCCAAGUACACCCAAGGGCGCGGGCCCAGCAUAUACGGGCUCACAAAACCAAUAAUCCCGUUCUUUGAGCCUACUGCUGGACCACCAUCCAUGCGUCAUGCCUCCUCCGACCUUGGUAGUAGCCGCUCCCUGGCUACUAAGAGACGUGGUAAACGUCUUCCGCACCCCCCAUCACCCACUCAGGCUAGCCCCACGGGCGAGCCAGUGAUUGUCAACCCGGACCAUCCAGUCAUGAGCGGCCCCACCAAGCACUUGAGUGCAGUAAGCUCCGAACCAUCUCCGGUCAGGCGAACAGUCGGCUUUACCAUUCCUAAAGCUACCCGCCAUAUGUCAACCCCGGUUCUAUCUAUGUCCGAAGAUAGUCCUAAGCAAGAUGACUCGGACGAUCCAAUGCAGAUGGACGAGAAGGAGGAGCAACAGGAAACAAGUAGUAGAUACCAUAAGGCUGUCCCUGAAUCUCCACAAAGGAUUCCAGCAGACCAGGAAUCUGUCAAGCGCAUAAUGGAUCAUCAAUAUACCGAUCAACCUGCAUCAGAAACCUUCGUCCUACCACCUAUUAGGGGACUUCUCCCAACCUCAAGCUUUGGGGUCGUCCAAGAAAGAGGCGACCAAGCGAGGAUGUUGCCGUUCAGUAAUGGCAGCAGAGCGGGACCUGGAUUUGUCAAUAGCUUUCCGAGGUUCGACCAAUUGGCCGGCAGUGCAAGUGGUGAGAGAGGUGGAAAGAUCAACAUCGUCAAUAGGGACCCAGGACCAGACAUGAACCCUUUAAACCGUGAUCCUUACGGCAACUUUGGGAGGGGCAACAACCAUAAUGGAGCCCCGAAUUUCCAAAAUGGAGGCCAAGGUGGUUUUAAUGGAGCCCAGGGUGGUCCUAACGCAGGGCAUUACCACCAGGAGAGCUUCUAUCGCAACACUGGUACCUAUGCUAACGGACUGCCUACUGAUCCAUACGGAUUUGUUAUGAAUCAAGGCCAGUAUUAUGGCGGUACGGCUCCAAACGGGCCUUCUCCUUAUGCAGCCGUUCCUCCUCACGGAUCAGGAAACAAUGUCUAUGGCAUCAACAAUCCGAGCAACGGCAUUAACGCUCCCCUCAACAUUCAACCGCACCCUGGCUACAACCAUAUUGCCGGUAACAACAAUCUCUACCACCAGCCCAGCUAUGGUUGGAAUGGACAAAACGCCCAUGGAGCUGCUCCCAAUGGCUCCAAUGCGGUUGGAAAUGAAGGCACCAGAACCGCCAUGGACGGUGCUCCUCCCCAUCCCGGUGGAGAAACCGAUGAACCCAGAGCAGAAAAAAGACGCACAAAAGUAGGAAAGAAGAAGAAGAAGAAGAAGAAGAAGAAGAAGAAGAAGAAGAAGAAGAAGAAGAAGAAGAAGAAGAAGAAGAAGGGUAGUCACUCGGGAUAA